ACAAUUCCAACAAACGCAUUGAGCAAAUCAUCAAAGUUGAUUAACUUCUUAAUUAAUUAACAAGUUCAUCAAUCAACAACUUCCUCACAUUAAUUAUAAUCAAAAUUCGUAACAUGUCUGCUCAAAUUAAACUUGCUAUCGUAGCCUUCGUUAUGUUCACUGCUUCAGCAAUCGCGGUAAAUGCAAAGCUAGAUCCAACAAACAUUAUGCAGAUAACGAAAGAAGAGUUGAUGCGAGCUGAAAUAAAAGCAAUGAUGGAAAUGAAGGGAGUUGAAAAGAAAGUUAAUUUAAAUGAGAAAAGCUUAGAGUUUCUCCAAAAAUUGAUGAUGCCAAAAGAUUAUGAUUGUACUCCUUCCGGCGGAAUUUGUUCAGGUGGCGGACCUCCGGAAGAGUGUUGUUCUGGUUCAUGUGUUCCUCAUCCAAUACUAAGGAUUUUUGUAUGUGCAUGAGCGCAUUUUUAAAUAAUUAAGGGUGUGUUCUCUUUAAUAUUCCCUAGAUUUAAUUUGCUCAUGUGUGCUUGUAAUAUAUACGUAGAAUUAAUUAAUGUUAAUAAAAUGGGGCAAAGGGGGAUAUGCAAGAAAAGGGUAUACAAGGAUAUGAUAAUUUAUUUUGAUAUAUAUCUUGAAUUAUGUAUGUUACCAAACUUCUCUUAGGCUUGAGCCAAGAAGAAUUUGUAUUUUAAUUCAAAAUCGUUUAAUUCUUCUAAUGUUUUUUUUUCUUUUCUCAA